AGGGUGGAAAGUGACGCGCUCGUGCCUGUCAACUUUUAGUUGCACCCCAGCUGCCAAAGUGGGUGCGCCACUGCUUGUUUCCCGCGACUCGUGUCGCGUGAGGGGAGUAUCGUUCGAAACGAAAUAACUUUUUUCCAACCGGACCAGUCAUUCCAAAUGUCCGCGAAAGGCGGCUGGCGAUAGCUUCCCUUAUCAACGUGUCGUCAUCAAAAGCAAGUGCGAGGCUAAAAAAAAAAAAGUAGUGCGUCGAGUGCUCGUGACACGUCGCGGUCGCGCGUCCUUGCCAAUUACCCCUACAUUGGCUCCGGAGUGGGGAUCGUACCCCCACCACUCGAUUCUACGGUGGCUAUCCCUACUCUCGAAUUCCCCUUCGCCUAGACUGGUAUGUAAGAGACCGCACAUGUUUCCCCGCGUUCCAGUCUCGCAACGGCACUCGCGAGUGACUGUUCGUGUGGAUUUUCGCGUAACUGGUUACGUGGAAUAAAACGUUUUCUCGCUCACCGAACGAAGGACGUUGCAGGGGCACGCGCGUGUGUGUGUAUAUAAACACGUGUAUAUAUAUAUAUAGAGAGAGAGAGAGAGAAAGAGAGAAAUAUAUAUGUAUACGCAGUGGUAUAUACCUUGAUAUAUGUAUACGCGUGUGCUGUAACUGGCGCGCGCGCGCAAACGACGAGUUCUUUCCGCACAGUGCCGCGCUUCGAAAGACCCGACACGACACAACGCGGCCGACGUUGCACCGAGCAACACACAACAGUCGCGAGCCACAGGAAAAUCGGAAAGUGCGCGACGAACGGAAGCGAGGCGAAGAAGUCGAGGGAUUACUCCGUUUUUAUCUUUCACGUCCAACGUCCGCGUUUUUGUUCUUUUUUUACUUUUAUACACCGUACACAUACACACGUACACAAACGCGAUAAGAGAUACGGAGUAAACCGACGUAACCCAUAUUCCGACGUAACGCGAUCGCAGUGAGAAUCGUGUUGCGCGUGUGACAGCUUCGUUUCUUCUUUUUUUCUUUCGUGAGUCAAGAGGAGCAUUUUAGUAGUGGCCAGUACCUGGUGGGAAGAGGAUUGUGGAUAACCCGUCGACAAGGAUAUCCCGGGUUUGUUACGGAACUAGUGAUCUUCCAUUGACGUCACCUCGUGCUUUCGUACCACGAACCGGAGGGACGAGAAUAGUGUUGCGCUUGGCCCGACAGAGACAAACGUAAGGAUUACUAGCAAUCUACAUUUUAUCUCGUUCCUUGGAAAAUAUCCCUGGUGCCAGAACUCCAAACCCAUGGUAUUCGUUCUCUGAAUCCACGGAUUCCAUCGAGUUCGAGCGUGAGUCCCUGGCAAAUAUCACCGCAGCCAGAGCUUCGAGCCGUUGCCUAGCGGCUUUAUCCUCGAGGACCAGGCGGCGUUCGUGGCAAGACGGCCGAUCGUGCGAACGUCCUCGGUAAUAUUCCGCGGCUGCCACGACCAGCAACAGCCCGAAGAUUCUCCCAGCAAAGGCCAAAAUGCACAUCGAGGUGCAGGUGGCGCUCAACUUCGUGAUAUCGUACCUCUAUAACAAGCUGCCUCGCAGACGGGUGAACAUCUUCGGCGAGGAGCUCGAGAAAGCCCUGAAGGACAAGUUCAAGGGUCACUGGUACCCUGAGAAACCGUUCAAGGGAUCGGCGUUCAGAUGCUUGAAGACCGGAGACCCGGUGGACCCCGUGUUGGAACGCGCCGCGAAAGAGAGCGGCGUCCCGAUCCAGGACAUCCUAGAGAACCUUCCAGCAGAGCUGGCCGUCUGGGUCGACCCAGGCGAGGUGAGCUACCGCAUCGGCGAGAUGAACGCGGUGAAAAUCUUGUACUCCGAGACAGGCGACCCCCACGACGAGAGUUCGGCCGAUCGCGAGGUGACCAAGACCUUCAACCCCGAGGCCCAGUGCUUCAGGCCCAUCGAGGCCGUUGGCACGUCCUUGGGCGGGCUCAGUCUCAGUCCCAAGUCCACGUCGCCGUUCCCCAGCUCGCUUGGCAGCAACGCGAGCAACGGCUCCUCGAACAACCAGCAGAGCGGCCACGGAUCCGGUUCCUCGUCGGCGCCGUCGCCGACGCCCAUCAACAACUCGUUCAAGCGCUCGCCUAGUCCUGUCACAGUCUUCAUCCCACGCACCACCGCGCCGCUCACCUUCACCACCGCCACCUUCGCUCAGACAAAGUUCGGCAGCACCAAGCUGAAGACCAGCAGCAAACGCGCCAACAGAAUGUCCCCCACCGAGUUCUCGAACUACAUCAAGCAGCGCGCCAUGCAGCAACAGAUCCACCAUCACCAUCACCAUCAGCAGCAUCAGCAGCAACAGCAACAGCAACAGCAGCAGCAGCAGCAACAACAGCAGCAGCAGCAGGCUGCUCCCGGUGGUUUGCCGGUCUCGCGGAGUUCCCCGCGCAGCCGCAGCCUGUCCCCGGGAAGCAUAGUCGCGGGUGCUGGGCAGCAGCACACGGAUCCGAGCGCGUACUUCUUCCAGCACGGGCCAGCCGCCUAUCACCCUCAGUUCCCUCAUCGCAACAUCUUCGACUCGUCGAGCCACGGUGGUUACCUGUCUGCCGAUCUCUACACGGGCGCCAACUUCCCGUCGUCCUAUCUCGAUCCAGCGACGAUCGCCGGCCACCAGUUCUACGGUGGCAGCGUGAACGGCACCAGCAGCGCGGCAGGCAGCAACGGGAACUCUCACAGCGCCGGAAACCUCGGCCCCGUCGGCUCCGCGGCGACGAACAGCAACGUGAACGGCGCCGCUCAGCAGCAAGACAAGACAGCGUUGGUCGAGGGUCUGAACAACUUCGGCUUGGGCUCCGUGGCGUCGUAUUCGGCCAGCCAGUAUCAGCACCUCCUCGUGGCCAAUUAGUUCCCCGCACGGGUCGAAGCCGAGCGAGCAGCGCGGCUCGAGUCGUGCCCCAUCCUCGGUGCUGCUUUGCCAGAGAGGCGGGACAGGAGGAUCAGAGAGACGGAAACGCCCUUCCAGUCUCUCCUACGUCGAGACGUCGUCCAAAGUCUAGGUUCCGAACCCUGACACACCCGAUCCGCUUGCACCAUCCGGGGGGCUUCUCGCCUAGAGGAGGCCGUCGACUCCUGCUCAUCCUAGUUCCAGCUGUCUCUCUCUCCAGAGAGUGUAUCCAACAGUCGCCACGGUAGCUCCGAUCACCCGAACGUUUGGUCAUCGACUUCAUCGGUUUCGACGACUCCCCGUUUCGCGUUCCAUCCGUCUCGUCGUUGCGAGAGCCGGCCACGCGUACCCGCGAUCGUGGCAGGCUGCCGAUCUAUGGACAGGCUCGCAUCGUAACACGUCCAAAAAUCGGAUGGGGAGAUAGGAGAUCGGCAACCUGCGGCCACGCGACUGCGGACGAGGAUUCGCGGGAGAGGGAAAGAAAGAGCGGGAGUGAAAGAGAGCGUGUGCCGAGGAAUGCGUGUAAAACGUUUGCGGACGAGUAGGAGCGGAGAACAAGGGAGGAGAAAUUUUUGACACGACGGGGACUCGCGAAACGCGAACCACCGACUCAACCGUAGAGCUUCGCGUGUACGCUAACGUUCCAUCAACCGAAUGAUCGACGGACCCGAUCGCGAUGGCGCCCACGGUCGCCAGGUUCGAAUGGCUGCUCCAGUUGGCUACCUUAGAUCGGCCACUCGAGACCAGUCGUUUCGGUUCAGAAAUCGAACGACGCGCACCCACACCUGGGACAGCGAAAAGGCCAAGAGAUACAAACGCAUACACACAUUCGGACAUCCCCCUACACACGCAUACAUACAUACACACGCGCGUACACAGACAUACGACACGGAAAUCACACGCAGAGACGAGAACACACUCACCGUUCACCUGGCGACGAACACAUAUAAUUAAUACGUACACACCAACCCCCUCGUGGGCCGACUAUCAUCGGGACACCAGAGGGGACGGGAGGGGUGAAAAGAACACUUUCGCGCACGACUUCACCAACACGUACACAGAUAUUACCAACGUGUAAUAAUUUAUUUUUUCACUGGUAUAGUCGGAGAAUUGAUAAUGAAUAUAUCUGUAGAGCCUAUGUAUUAUAUUCAAGAAUAAUGCACUCACUUCACGGGUUCUCGCGAAACGGUAGGAACUACUUGUGAACCCGAGCUACAGAAGCGUCGAUGAAUCGCGUUCGAGGAAUGAACGCGACGACCACUCCGUACUCUAGAGCGUUCGCGAAACAGAGAGAGGGAGAUAGAGAAAGUGAGAGAGUGAGAAGCGACUCGUUCCCUUGGAACCCAUCAGCGAACAGACCAGGACCAGCGGAGACGAACGAACAACGUCUUUCUUGAACGAUCGCGGGGGUGAGAGAGGACGAAAGCACUGCUGUCCAAGCUCUGCUCCGACCCCCCGGGUGAUUUCUUUGUCGAUCGAAUCGCAGACGAUACACGCAGUUCCAUACCGUUUGGAAAACUCGUCCUCGGUACGAUUUUACAUUUUAUUUUUAUAAUAAAUGCAGUAGAGAGUAGGGGAGAAAACACGGGGGAGGAGGGAGUAGAAAGGAAAAGAGAAUGGCGGUGUGUUCGUAGAGGAACGAGAGCUGGCUGCGUUGCGGGUCCUCCGAAUCAAGGAUUAACAGAAUUUUGAUAAACGGCCCGAUCAUCCGACGCGUCUUUCCGAGAGUCGCUUUGAACGAUGGUAGACAAUUUUGCGUAUUAUUCGUUGCUUAAGUUAUACGAGAAUAUAGUGUAUUUUACGGUGUACGAAACUGUAAUCCUUUACAUUUUGUAAUAUUAUAAUAGUUUACUUUAUAUUUAAAUUCUUAGUUUUAUAUUUAAUUCUAAGACUUAACGUAAGAGACGUUUUUUAUCUACUCGUGAAAUUGAAACACAAUUGUCCAUACCUUUUCGAAGACUCAAUCGCUACGCGUCGAUCUCACUUUUGAAUCUUUUAUCGCGUUAUCGUGCGUAAGAUAGCGAUUACGAUGUUGCCAAUAACGAUACACUCGGAGUACGCAGCUUACUAAAAACUAGAAAACCUAAAGCUUUCGUCGGACUAUUAACGAAACAAAUCGAGAACGUCGGUGACCGGGUUAGCGUCGAAAUUUCGCAUCCGAAUGAGUAUUUCGCGCAUUUUUGGGAUAUCUUUUGAUCCAGAGCUAAUCCCCUGGCUGAACGUUUUCUUUCGACGCGGGUUCAUGGGGCGUCGCGACGACUCUCUCGAGUACUCCAGCUAUCGGACAACGCACCAUCUGCUCGUCCAAGUUCGCGACACCAAGCCGGUGGGUGAGAGUUUCCGAACUUUCCUAAUUCCCGUGCUAUCGAACAAGCUCUUCGGUUUCUCGCUAGCCCAUCGAUCCUUGGGCUUGGUCGAGGCUGCCUGUCCGAAGUUAGGCGCCGCUUCGUCCACGCGUACGUGCGCGACGCCUCGAGAUCGUAGGUACCAUCCACACCGCAGAACCGAGGAGAAUGUCCCUGUAUUCUCCAAAAUCGUUGAGCAGAAUUUUCGGAUUACUAUCCAAUCAAAGGAAGACGACUAGUAAAACUGCUGUCGAAAGAAGGCAAUUUACGAGAGAGGUGACUCUCGCGAGCGUCGCUCAGGGGCAUUCAUCGAAGCUUCUAGCAGCGCGAAGAGAAACGGGGACGUCACGAUUAGCCACGAGUAGCCCGCAACCAGCCAGUCCGCGUUCGCCAGUAUAAUUAGGUGAUUACGUUAUUAAAGACCGCCGUCACUGUCCUCGACGGACAGAACACGACCGCGCCAGUGACCCAAAGACUGGAGAAGAUGCUCCGUUCGAGAAGUCUCCACGGAGAACGACGAGACGAGGUUUCCAGGUGAACGACUGUCGAGCCGGCUGUUCCCCGAAUAAGUACCGUGGAAGUUCCCAUUUGGAAUCGAUCUUCUGGUCUCGGUCAGGUCGUUCGAUACAGGAUACUUUUAAUACUUUAUCGCGAAUAGUUCAAGUACAAGACCCCUAAACGAAGCCAUUUUUCAGAAGGUGCCAGUCAACGAUUUAUUAGAAAUUACGUUCCUGACAAAUUUCAGACCCUCCUGAAGAGAAAAACGCCUACGCAAAGGCUUCCUAACUCGGACCGAAGAGUCCUCGGUUCGUUCGGGUCUCCUCGGAAACGUCCAGCUCGACAGCCAGCAACGAUCGUCCCGAAAAAUUCUCCUCGGUCUCGGUGACCGUCGGUACAUCGUUCCAUCUCGAACGGUGAUGCCCUAUUCGGUCGAAGGUCGGAGUCUGUCCGUCGAGAGGAAGACAGCGACGACGGACGGAGGUGCCGUGAGCCGCGGGCCAGGCACUAGGUGCUAAGUAUUAACAAAAAAAAAAAGUGUUUAUCUUGUCGUCGUGGGACAAACGUACGGAGUACGCGCGGCCUGGAGACUGUCGACGAGCUCGUCCGCAGAGAUAUAAAUCAGGGUUCCUUCGCGUAUCGCUCGAUCCCAGCUCGAUCCAAAGCGCGCAAGUGUCCUCUCUCCUUAGGACUAGUUUCUAACCUUAGCGUGACUACUUCGUAUCGUGUAAGUGUUGUAGCAUAAUUUUAGGCGUGACCGUUAAUCGUUCUUUCGUACGAAUUUUUAUAUAGCCCGUUUUGUAUAUGAUCGACGCCGCACACAUGGCAGCUUCCGUACAGCUGGACCGCGAUCCACGGACGACGCCGGUCGCGGUCGUUGCGCGCCGGAUCGAGACACGGGGAUCGACUUGCGAUCUGGAAGGGUUGUGUGUUCAAUUACGAUUCUGGCGAGCCUGGCGUUGCUGGAGCCUCGAUUCGGAGCCCCUGGAGAAACUUGCAUUUUUUUCGAAAGGAUCGUCCAACCCGACGAUUUCCGAUCCAGCGACGCCGCGGCUCUCUCCACAGGAUCCACCAGAGACGGGGCAAACGUCUAGACGAGAGCUGACGAACAAAUUGAUAGACUUUGAGUGUUUUCGUUCGUCUGUCGUUGCGAAGACUUCCCUGUCUCUGGGAUCCAGCGAUCGGACGCUGUUAGACAAAUUAUUAGGCCGAAAGUUGACGAGCAUAGAGAAGACCGACGAGACGAGCGAGUCGGCAGGACGGGUCUCCAGUCGCGCGGGGGGUGCUAACACAAGUUUUUAACUGCGGAACUAAUAAGGGUAGACGGGGGUGAGAGACACGGGAUUAGUAGGCGUGAGGGGACGAGACGAGAGGACAGUACCCUUUAGUAAUAUCUAAACUUAAUUGUAACUAUUAACGAUACGUACGACUGUGGUAGCUAUGCUAGUACCUGCUAUUGUUAAAGAGAGAGUGGCGGGAGGAAGGGAAGUCGAUGAAGGGGCGAAGGGACGAUAAUCGCGACUUUAGAGGGGUGGCUUCGAUGUCCAUCGGUGGAGUGUUGCGCAGUGUUUCCUCGUGCAAAGGUGUCGGCAAAGUAGACCAAUUGCUGUGACCAGUUUCGAGGAAGAUGUCAUGGCCUCUGUGGUUCCACAGACGUGGUUUCAGACUUUGUUUUUAAAUUGAAUCGCUAUCUACAGUAACAUCGUCACCAGCUUUGCUUCAAUAGCCUUUGCACGGAAACACCCUGCGCCGGAGUUUUGCAAAGAUCGUAGUUCGACGGACCAUCCGUCGCGAUUAGAUCGUUUUCCCCUGAAAGAGGAAAUAAUGGACACUCGAAGGGUCACGAUCUGUUUCGAGACGCGGAGACCCACCCCAUCGAGAGAGAACCUCCAAGCACCGAUUAUUUUUUUAAUCUUUGUAAUCGAACGGAACACGGCUCGAGCCAGCCGGGAAGGAUUCUCGACACGAUCGAAAGAUCCCCAGAGGUGAUCUCUCCAGGCGGUGGUCUCUUCGUCGCGACAAUGGCCAGAAGGGGAUGGACAGGGGAGGAGAGCAAGCGUUGCAAUAAGUUGCGAAUCAAACGGAUCUCGGCUUGAGACGAGAAGCUCAGCUCAGCGAUGAAUCAAACACACGAUGUAUACUCUUUUAAGAAAACCAAAAAAAAAAAAAAUGAAACAUGGGACGAGUCGUGAGAGGGCGGAGAAGGCACGGUCGGAAAGGGACGCGAUCCGAUGGAGAUAUAUACUGAUAAGAGCAUACAUUGAGAUACACAAAUGAAAAACAUAUAGUAUUAUAUGAUUACAAUACGAUUGUAAUGAACACUUUGUAAGCGAAGAAACAAAAAAAAAAAAGAAUUACGCAUAGUUUUCCAUAAUCUGUAAUGGAUGUAUUCGUUCAAAAAAAAAAAAAAAAAAAAAAACCGAAGAGAGGAGGUUAAGGUUAAACGAGAAACAAAGAUAAGUCACACUAUACAGACACACACGCAAACACACAUAUUUACACGCACACGCAUACGUACGUACACAGAGACACACGUCACCGACAGACACGUAUACGGAAGUUCGAAGUAUACACGGGUACACGACACAACAAGAAGUAAAUGAAAAAGAACAAAAACAAAAAAAAUAUAUGACGAUGACGAUGUUGUUGACGACGAUGAAUAAGUAAACGAAGUAACAUGACGAAGUAAACAACGGUAAUCUGUCUCUUUAAAGUAUCAUGUGUCUAUAAACUAUAGCAAUCGAUAUUGUCUCUUUAACCGUAAAUGGAGAAACAAGUAACCGUGGUAACGUAAUAAUGUCAUAGCGAUAACCGAACACUGCAAUAUUAGAUAUAAUAUAUAUUCAUACAUUUAGAGAGGUGGAAGAGAGAGAAGAAAGAGCUAUGGGAAAUAAAAAUGAAUUGGGAGAUGCGCACGGUUCCAUGCCGAGAAAAAUGAAAAAUAGACAUAACUGACGGAAAAAGGGGACCGUCGCGAGGGGAAAAUUCCCGUUGGGAGGGGAGGGAGGGGGGACGAUCGAAGGAGCGAAUGAAUAAACGUCUGAAAACGAAAAACGCGGGAAAGGGCUGUGCGCAUGCACGUGUCGAAGAACGGAAGCGAACGAACGAAACGCGCGAACGAAAUAGAGCCGAGCAUGGUCUCCAGGUACACUUUUAAACGAAAAAAAAAGCCGUUUCACGAUAAAAGAAAAAAAAAAUAGCAAAGGAAAAAGCAAAACGAAAAACCGAAAGGAAGAGAACAAUAUAUAUACGCGUUCUGUGUAUCGGACACACUCGAAGCCACACGCAAACAUGUACACACACACACAUACACACACAACUGUACACGCACACAACACGAAGCAACAGAAAGAAAGACCCAAAAAAAAAAAAUAAUAAAAAAACCUAUCGAUUACUCUACCAAGUAAUGAAUUAACAAGAGGAUGAUAAUUAGAUUUGUAACUAAUUACAUAUAUAUUUUUCAAUACUUUAACUACUUGCUGAAUGUAAACUAUAUACAUACAAUUAUAUAUUAUAUAUAUUAUAUAUAUAUUAUAUAUACACACACGUACCGCUUAGAGCUGUACCUCGGUUCCAGCGCGCCGAGUACCGUGGCUCGUCGACUUUCGCUCCUCGAGAGGGAGAGGGACGAAAUCGCGAGGAAGCAGAUUAAAUCGAAUACCAAAAAUAGUAUCAAAAUUAAUUUCGAUGAACUUGUCGGCCUUUUCUUAUCACCGAGAACCCGUUAAGGGUUGAUUAUCCAUCGGGCCAUACAGAGAGACGAUUCAAUUUGCGGGUAACGACCACCGCGCGGAUCUUCGUUUUUGGACAGCGUCUAUCCGAAAGUAUAGCGACUAAUAUAGCGAAAUAAAUGUUGACUCCAUUUUCGUAAAACGUAAUUAAGUUAUCUGUUAAGUAUAGGACAAGAAAUUCCUCUUGUUAGAUCCCCUCUUCGGGAGUGGCAAAACCCAUGUCUUUAACCGUCUUGGUUUUCACUUCGUGGACUAGUCCUUACCAUGUCAGUAAGGAAACGACGUAGCGGUUGCGAAAUUGAACCCACACGCGUCUUCUUCUGCAUCCGAGUGAUCCGUGACCACUGCGGCGUUGUCCACUACCUCUUUAGAGGCUGUAUCGUUCGAUUUGAUCUGAUCGUUUUUGGUGUCCACGGCACGGUCGCCCCUAGUCCAACAACCGGAGAAAGGCUGCGUAAAAGUAGCCGUAGUUGGUGUUGAUAUCAAAUUCCGCUGACAUUCCUGGUCUCCGUGUACCGUAUAGUUCCACGGUUACGGGCACAACCGCCCCACAAGUUGUACCGACGCUCACAUAUCCGCACAGUUCAUUGACUGCCUCCAGGGUAUCGUAUCUCAUGGUUGAUAGGUCAUCUUGAUCGAACCAACGAGCCCAGAUAUCGCGAAAACUAGCUGAUUUCGCUAGCCACUUUGUUAAAGGUGGCAAGAGGUUUCGGUCAUUUCUCCAUCUACGACUUUUACUGGAAGCACGUCGCUUCUUCGUCGAUCCUCCAAGUUCUCUAGAUCUCGUGGUCUUUAGUCCGUUGAACUGUAAAGGUGAAAAUUAACGACAGGUACCUACCGUACGACACGUUUCAGCCCACGAAUUGAAAGUGAAAGCUCUGUAUGGCGAUUGUUUAUUCUUCGCUCGAAAUUGUUCAUUCGGACAAGAAUUUUGGCACGCCUCCGGGUGACAGAUCGUCAGUCGACGAGUCAAGUCUCGAUCGCGCUGAAGGGGGGCGAAGUGAAUAGCCACGUCCCCCGGGAGAGGGAGGGAAAGAUCUACGCGAGAGAAAUGAACCUUUUUGUACCCCACCCAAGUCACACUCUCGGUGUCGAAAUGGUAAAAACAAAAACAAGCAACUAUGUUACUCGUGUAAGUGCAUCCUAAAUGUAACUGUUACGAAAAAUGCCCCUUCUCCGAAGCCCCACCCCAGGCCCCAGUCUUCAUCGUUUCGUACGUAGAUAAGAGGGAUGAGAAUUAAUAAACGAAAGCGGCAGAGAAGCGACGAACGAGUGUGUUCGGUGUGAUUUUACGAAAGAAAGCGAGAAAGUGUGGAUUCGCGUCGCGGAGGAACGAUUGGUUGGUUCGCAAGCGGGGGUCGCGACCGUUCCAAGCGGCGGCCCCCGCUACUUUUUUUCGCGGCUUUCUUUCAGUUCCGUUCGCUGAAACGAUUUUCUGCGCGCCUACGUUUCGCAUACCGUGUGUCGUUUUACAUCGUUACGUGUACGCUUGUGUCGGUGAGAGUGCAGCGUUGGGCAGAGCGUGAUCCACGAUUACGAUUACCGAUUCAUCCGACAACUACGAGUGAUUAUUAGAGAAAUGGUCGCAAAAGUAAUCACUGCCCAACUCUAAGCGAGAUCGUGCGAAAGAGUGGAUGAACGUGUAAACGAAAAAAUGAAGUAUGAGAGAGACCGAGCGAGAGACAAAAUAGUACAUGCAUCGGAUGCGUGCAAGCGAGACAAAAAACAGCGAGACACUGUACGCCUAUAUAUGUAUAUCUGUAUAUAGGUCCUUUUUCACCCGCUACCGUUGUUUCCUUUAUACUACUUCUCCUUUUUCAUUAUUACUACUAUUAACUGUUAAGAGUAUUGUAAUCGAGAUGUAUUUUCUGUUGGCUUUAGAUUUUGUUCCUUUAUUUUUGUACGAGAACCGUUUUACCUAGAACCGUGUGCGUAUACGCUAAGAAUAACUUUUUUUCUUACCGAGGAUCCCUGGAUCCGUGGUCUGGAUCCUGGCGAUCCAUCGAUGGCGCGAUCGUCGCUGAUGGUCUGCGUCGAGACGCUCGGACGAUCAACGACCAUCGCCCACGUCCCGUUAGCCUUAAGGUGACCGAUUUUAAAUAUUUUUUUCUUUGUUCCCUCUAUUAUUAUUAUUAUUAUAUUUUUUUUCUUUUUGAUAGUUUGUUAUUGUUGUUUUUUUGUAUGAUAUAUGAUUAUAUACCAGCGUGCAACGCGCCUCCAGAUAAUAUAAUAUAUACCGCUAUAUUAUAUAUACAUAUACAUAUACAUAUAUAUAUAUAUAUAUAUAUUUUUGUUAAUAAUACAGUGGUUUGAUAAACUACAAUGAUUAUUCUGUUGUAAUAGAUUUGUUUCUAUCUCUUAUGGUCCGCGAAUGCGUAAUUAAAAUAUACAUAUAUGUAUAUAUAUAUAUAUAUAUACAUAUAUAUUAAAAAAAUGAAGAAUAGAACACGUACAUAUACAAGAUAUGAAUUUAUGUAUAGACAUUAUACAUACUUAUAUGAAUAUCGAUUCUAUAUAUACAUAUAUAUAUAUAUAUAUACAUAUACAUACACACUGCUACAUUAUAUUUUGUUUAAAGAGGAGAUAAACCAAAAAAAAAAGAAAAAGGAAAAAAAAACACUAAAUCGAGACAGAGUAAGAAAUUUGCGAGAAGAAAAAUGUCGCAUUUUCGGGUGUUGUUACUCGUCGAUGAAAACGGGAAUGAAGAGUGGAGAGUGAAGAAGUAGCGAGAGAGAGAGAAUGACAAAAAUUAUAAGAAGCGUUUCUUGAAAUUUUUCGAACGUCUGGGACGUCCCCUCGACCGGAAGUAAAACAUACACACAAAAAGCGGGAGAAGAAUUGAAAACAAAACGAUGGUAUAUAUAUAUAUAUAUACCACGGGAAACGAAGCGAACUGUUAAACAAAAGAAAAAAAACAAAGUGUGACAAAAAAAAUGAUGAAACUCGCGUGUAAUAUACUUAUGAUAUCAUUUUGUAAAUUAUUUUUUGUAUUUUUAUAUAUAUAUAUAUACACACACACAUGUAUAUAUAUAUCUGAAUAUCGAAGCAUACAAGACAACGCGGAACAGUGUUUGCACGCACGAAUAGGAAGAUAGAGAGAGGGUGAAGAGGCCGGAAAUAGAGUGCGUGAAAAAAAAAAUGUUGGAAAGUUGAUACUUAGAUAAAUCAGGCGUGGAAAACGAGGGUGAAAGAUCGUAGUGAAAGAUUCGAGGGAAGAGAAGAGUAUACGUGUGUGAGAGAGGGAGAGAGAACACGAUAACUUCGUGACGCAUUGACAACACUGACGAUACUUAAACCGAUCGUUAAUUAAAACAAACAAACAAAAAAAUCGUCCUUUCGUUGAUCGAGAGCGGCGCCAGGAAGAUGCUGUUUCGACAAUUAGAAUGAAAAGACAUAAUCGCGUGCGCGAAUUGCGCUUGUAUGCGGUCCGUUCGUAAAAGAAGCAAACGUGUACACAUACACAUAUACACAGACACAUACACGCGUCGUAUGUACGUAUCCAAACACAUUGUGUUAAUUCGACGCAGCAGUCCCGAAAUGAAAUGGAUUUUUGUUCCCUAUUAUUUGUACCUUUGUAUUGUAUUCUGCAGCUUGUCAGUGCUUUGUUUAUUAUUACUAUUUACUAUUAGUACUACUAUUAUUAUUAAUAUUAUUAUCAUUGCUAUGAAAUUUUUCACUAUUGUACUCUGCCGACCUUGUUUUUCGUACCACUCUAUAUAUAUACAUAUAUAUCUUCUUUCUUUUCGUCUCGUUAGACUGUAACCAGGGACGGGCAAAAUUCUUAUGGCGGAUUAAAAAUGUCGAAUAGCGAAUACAAAGUAAGUAUCAAUCUAUUCGAGUAAAAUUUUGCCCGUCUCCUAUCGUAACGCAUUCGCAUAGUAGUGAUGUUAGCACGUAAUAGACACUCGAUUGCCUCCAAAGAGGACUCGGUGUACCCGAGCCGACUACGACAGUGGCAACCUCGCAGAAACAACCAGUUUUAGUCGUAUUUACUAACCGGAACCGUGUUAUUAUUCUUUAAAAAGAAAGUCGAAACAACGUACGACGUUUGGUCUCUCUUCGAGGGGGUGGACAGAUUUCGGAGUACUCGAAAAUCUUUUAUAAUUUUAUAGAAAACGAAAAGACAGCCGAUUCUGGGGCUCGAGGCUUCGGAACUCGAUACAGAGUAACAACAAGCAUUUUUUUUAUGAACAAUACACCGCAGGUUCUUUGUUGAAAGCAUUCGCUGGAGUUCGACCAGAAAUUCGAAGAACCAUAAUCGGGGAUCGUCACCUCCUCGACGACAGGGUCGACCGAUCGGACGUGCACACGCGUCGCGUCGAUGACGGGCCUCAUCGCAGGAUGAGCUAUUCAGUCCUCACACUUACGGGGGCCUCAAAUAAGAAGGUAGUUCAGAAAUCGUUACGCCUUCGUAAUCGGUUCACGAGUUCGUACAAAGAGAAUCGCUGCGUUUCCUUCCAGAUUUGGUAGCUAGAUAUAGUCUGAACUUUCUACCGAACAUAUUCGUUUCCCGAAGCAACUUGUGUUUACUAAUAUAUCGAUGGUCCCCGGACAGGUGUGGGGCCUCUAAAAUAUAAGUGACUCAGGCCUCUAUCGAUCUCUGAGAGGUUCCUGGUCGUAAACACGGAUGGGCAAAAUUCUUAUCCGGAUAAAAUAAAGCGGUAGCCUCUGUUUUUAUUCGUCGUCUAUCAUUGAAAUAAAAUUUUGCCCAUCUCUGGUCGAAAGUAAUCGAACCCACGCGCCGUUCCGUAUAGUGUUUCGCCUCCAUCCUUAAGUCAGGCACAUGGCUUUCUUAGCUGGCUGCGGAGAUCCGUCGAGAAGUUUCAAGAAAAUUUCGUUUCGCGCGUAAAAGAAACGAAUGACAGAGAGAACGAAUGUGGAAAAUGAUAAGCGUGAAGAGAGUAAGGGAGAGCAUGACGUUUCCUGCUUGCUUGCGUGAAGUGUGCGUGCGCCAAUCGGAGGGAGCUUUUCUGUUUCUGGUGAGGACAUUUUUGCUUAUGGUUUUCUCAUGCAAGUACGGUGGGACGAGGGUGGCGCCGAUCAAACACGCUUCCUGGAUCGAAUCCCGCGUCUGUUUCGAUCGAUAUCGUGGGCCAGCGACUCUCUCGCGACUUUGGACAGAGUCCAACUCUCGAAUUUGUCUCGGGGAAAGACCGAAGCGUCUCUAAAAGGGAAUUAGAUAAUCGAACGAAGAUCGAUUUCGAGUGAAACUCGCGAGGGACUGUUCCAAAGUUGACAGUCUUUCGGAGAUAGCGUAGUCGACCUGCAACAAUUUCUCAAAAUCCAAUUUCGAUACUUAAGAUACACGAUGCUGUACUGUUUGUACUUUUUAAUUAGUUUUCGAGCAAUUUCUAGGAAAAUUGUUUUCCAUUGUACUAAUAUUCUCAGCUAAAGUAUUUUUUCCAUUAAAAUACUUGGCAACAGAAUGGAUUGAGAAGAAGGAUAGUUGGUAACCGAUCAAAUUACGUUAUUAGACGUCGAGAAAUAAGAGGAAAAUUAACCUAGGACAAGUACGAAUUUUCUACGAGGAGAAGAGAAAAUCGAGUCGAGAAGAACGGGUUCAGGCUCUGCCCCGGUGAUCGAUAGGCAAUUUAUAAAUAUAAGGUUGGAGAGGGUCGCGACGGCCACGAGCUUCGAGAGAUCCAAGAUCGGGAGGAUCGACAGCGACGAUCGAAAGGGGAGGAGAUCCAGGAGGCCGUCGGUGAGGUCAAGGGGAGGGCGCCUGGUAUUAGUACACAUUAGUUUCUUCGAUAGGAGGCGCCCAAUUAGUUGUUGGAAUUCUGUAGUCUAGGCGAUAAUUCUCGAUAUAGUUCAAUGUUGUCGAGUUUUUAUUAGUUGAGCGAGCGAAUGCGCGCGAUCUUCGUCGGAAACCGGAAACGAACAGCGUAGGUGCACGAGGAACGAGGUAUCGAAUCGAUUUCAUUGAACGAUGCGAUCCCCACCUAGCUGGAUCUAAAGGGAAUUGUGUUCCUGUAAUUUUUGGUACUUUUCGAGUAAUAUAUGAUAAAUAAAAUAGUAAGCAGUAUAUCGAAUCGUCGUGCUUGGUGUGAGAUGCUCGAAGAUCGAAACGGAGCAGAAAUCUGUUCCCGAUCUAGAGCUUUUAAUCUUUAAGUAGGCACGCUCAUAUUUGUCACAGUCUGUGCGUUGGGCUCCGCCCAACUCCCAAUUUAUAUAUAUAUUUUUUAAUUGUGAAUAAAUAACAUUUUUUCCUUA